AUGGGAAGUGCUUCAGAAGAUGCCCCUGUUUACACCCUCGCCGAGGGCAGACCCGUCCAGGACCCUACCUCAGCGGUAAUCCUUCGCGGGCCCAAAGUGCGCGGUGGUGGCCUAGCCCUGUUGGAAGACACCCAACUUAUCGAGACGUUGGCUCAUUUCCCCCGAGAGAGGAUCCCGGAACGUGUCGUUCACGCAAAGGCUGCGGGAGCAUGGGGCGAAUUCGAAUGCACAGCCGAUGUGUCGGACUGGUGCUCGGUCAACUUUCUCAGCAAACCGGGCCAAAAGACCGAGGCCCUCGCUCGCAUCUCCACCGUCGCAGGAGAGCGAGGGUCGUCCGACACUUUGCGAGACAUCCGAGGAUUCGCCCUGAAGCUCAAGACCGAUGAGGGAAAUUGGGACUUUGUCGGCAACGACCUACCCGUCUUCUUCAUCCGUGAUCCGACCAAAUUUCCCAGCUUGAAUCGCUCGCACAAGAGGCAUCCACAGACCGGCGUUGCCGACGGCUCCAUGUUCUGGGACUUCCACAACAACCACCAGGAAGGGGCGCAUUGUCUCAUGCAACUUUUCGGACCACGUGGAGUGCCUGCCUCGCUGCGCAACGUCAACGGCUUCGGCAACCACACCUUCAAAUUUGGCAAACCCGAGGACGGAACGUUCAAGUACGUCAAGAUCCACUUCAAGCCGGACGACGGGAUCAAAACCCUGACGCAAGAAGAGGCCGUCCGCCUGGCCGGCGAAGAACCGGACUAUCAUAUCAAGGACCUUUUCAACGCCAUCGAAAGAGGCGAUUACCCCAGCUGGACAAUGUACCUGCAGAUCAUGGACCCCAAGGACGCCGAGACGUACCGGUGGAAUAUCUUCGACAUCACCAAAAUCUGGCCACACAAGGAUUACCCUCUCGUGCCCGUUGGGAGACUGACCCUGAACCGCAACCCGCAGAACCACUUUCAGGAGAUCGAGCAGGCAGCAUUCUCACCCUCGAACAUGGUCCCGGGCAUCGGGCCCAGUGCCGACACCAUGCUGCACGCGAGAAUGUUCUCGUACCCCGACGCAGCCCGGUACCGCGUCGGACCAAACUAUCAGCAAUUGCCGCCCAACGCGCCCAAGAAGGCGUACUCGCCCUACCAGCGCGACGGGCCCAUGCGGUUCGACGGCAACUACGGCAGUGAUCCAGACUACGUCCGCUCCUCGUUCCGCAAGCUCAAACUAGGUCCAGGCGACGUCGCCCACGACGAAUGGGUCGGGCGCGUGUCCGCCUACUCGUCCGAGGUCGAGGAGGACGACUUCGAGCAGCCGCGCAACCUGUGGAAGCUGUUCAAGGAACAGGGCGAGGACAAGGUCUUCCUGCACAACCUGUCCGGGCACGUGGCCAAGGCGCUGCCCGAGGUGCAAGAAAAGACGGUCGAGAUGUGGCGACGCGUGGAUGACGAGAUUGCCGAGCGAUUAAAGGAGGCGCUCGCGCAGACGCACAAGGACAAGGAGGCGGAUCAUUGCACGGCGCCGGGGACGCAGCGGGCACUGGCUACGAACCGGAAGUAG